AUGUCUAGCCGAAACAAUUCUUUUCUUGAGGUCGAAGGCUGUCAUGUCUUCAUCACAGGUGCUGCUGGUGGUAUAGGUACUGCCACUAUGAAAGAAUUUUUAGGUAAUAACAACAAGAACCUGUACUUUGUCAGGGGCGACCUCAAAGACGAAGCAUCUAUCGAGGCAGCCUUUCAGAAGGCAAGAGCAAAGUUUGGCCCUGUGCAGAUCCUCAUCGCGAACGCAGGCAUCACUGACGAGAGUGUACACACUCCAAUAUGGGACUUGACUGCGGAUCGUUGGGACGAAGUCAACAACAAUAAUGUUAGGGGCACAUUUCUUACAAUCAAGCAUUUUUUAAAGCAAGUCAAGAAUGCACAAGAUGUUUCUGGUCAGGAACUGCACAAUGUUUCCAUUGUCGUUACAGGCUCCGAAACCGGAGUUUUUGGGCAGGAGUUGCAUGCUGAAUAUGCGACAGGAAAGGCUGGCCUGCAGUACGGUUUGGUCAAGACGGUCAAGAAUGAAAUCAUCCGACUGAAUGCAAAAGGACGGAUCAAUGCCGUCGCUCCAGGCUGGGUAGAUACGCCACUUAUUGGGGACAGACUGCACGAGCCCAAAGAAAUGUGGGCUGAGGCACAGGCGACCGUAGCGUUGAAGAAGAUCGCCCGUCCAGAAGAUGUCGCCUGUUGCAUGGCGUUUCUAGCUUCCCAUAGAACGGCUGGGCACAUAUCUGGACAAUGUAUAUCCGUCGAUGGUGGCCAGGAGGGUCGUCUAUUGUGGCGGGAAGAACAAAUUCUUGGAAGUGAUCACCAGCUUUCGACAACCACAUCGAUUCCGAGGCAGCUAAAAGCACCAACAAGGAAGCGACGUCUCAGGAUAUGUCUAUCAGUCGACUUCGACGCGCUUAGUGGCUAUUUGGGAACCGGGCACGACCCCCAUAAUGGUAUGUCUGAUUACUCGGCUGGUGUAUUCAGUGCCAACGUUGGAGUGGACAGACUGCUCAAGGUACUCGCCAAGCACGGCAUAUCUGACAAGCUCACUUGGUUCCUGCCUGGCCACAGCAUCGAAACAUUUCCAGAGCAAACUGCUGCUAUUGUCGCUAGUGGUGCCGAAAUUGGUCUUCACGGCUACAGUCAUGAAGGAGCAUACGCGAUGACUGUGGAUCAAGAGAAGGACGUACUGGAGAAGUGUAUAGCGCUGGCGGCAAAACUGAAGAAGGGUAAGAAGCCUGUCGGCUAUCGUGCUCCACUGUAUCAGAUCCGUGAAACCACAGUCAAACUGCUUCAAGAGCAUGACUUUCUAUACGACAGCAGCAUGACCGCGCACGAUGCUCUGCCCUAUUUUCUUCCCAGACCAUUUCCUGAUGAGCAGCCGCACGUUCCUGACUAUACUCAGCCAGCAAAGACUUGGAUGAAGCCUACCAAAAUACCACAACAGCCAAAAUUCGGCACGCAAGAAGCGAAGACUGCCAUGGUCGAAAUACCAGGUAGCUGGUAUACUGAAGAUCUGACACCAUUAGGAUUCUACCCUUACCUUGCCUCUACACAGGGUUAUGUCAGUGUCGAUGUGGUUGAGAAAAUAUGGUUGGACAGACUUGAAUGGUUAUGGGAGAACGAGAGUUGGCUUGAUGAAGACCCUGGUAGGGACUAUGGAAGUAUCUAUCCCCUCAUCUGGCAUCCAGAAGGCACUGGUCGUGCCCAUAUUAUCGGCAUGAUUGACAAGUUUAUUGGCAAACUGGUGUCGAGAGCCGCAGCAGCUGGACCUGGCGAGAUCACAUUCGAGACAAUGGAAUCGGUAGCAACCAGCUGGAAAAGCAGAUAG